GAUCAGAUUUGAGCGUUCGAGAUAAAAAUGAAAGGAAUUCAGUAAUAAUAUACACCGCAAUUAUCUACCUGGCACCAGACCACAAGAGAUUUAAAAAAAAAAAAAAGAUCAGAGUUUGGUCGGUGACAAAUUACGGCCUUUAGAUUUAUGCCUUCGGUGUUUCUAAAAGUUCAUACCUCUAGCGUGAUAUUUAUAUAUUAAGUAGGGCUAUAUUUUGCUGUAAAGGGAUGCUUCUGUUUUAUCUAGCUUCUAUUAAAUAUCUUUUUAGAGUAACAGUCCCCCCCACUAAAUUCAUAUUCACCAACCGCUUCUGUUCAGGUCGUUAAAGUAUCUGCGAAGGUAGAAGACUAAACUUUUCCACGCGCUGAGUUGUUGAAGGAGGGGUAAAUGUCAUCGCUGGGAGUGUCGCGAGCGCGUCUCAUAACCCUCACAAUGACCGCUGGAGGUCUCACUCCAGAGAACGACGAGACUUACAUGCAUUUAUUGUUGCAUCUAUAUGGGUUUACAACAUCUGAUCUGCACUAGACUGACAAUGCUCCGCUAUUCAGCCACCCUCCGCUAAAAAAAUUACAGCCUUCUCCCGAGUUGUUUAGGCGCGUUAACUUUGAACAAAUUCAGUCCAGCACGUCCCGGCGGUGAUCUUACUUUCGAUGCAUGACAGUUUGAGGUUUUCAGCCGCUGAGCAGACAGCAUCUGGGCUGAAUCAUUUGCAGUAUGGCUUCGGAUCAAGAAAACAGCAGGCGGCGUUUGAAACAGCUUCUGGGGAAACCUGGGAAUAGAACCUGUGCCGACUGCGGGGCAGCAGAUCCGGAGUGGGCGUCCUACACCCUGGGAGUGUUUGUGUGUCUCAGCUGCUCCGGCCUUCAUAGAAACAUUGCUCAGAUCAGCAAGGUGAAAUCUGUCCUGCUGGAUCCCUGGAGCUCCACUGAGGUGGAAUUUAUGGACUCUGUGGGCAACAAUGCUGCCAAGGCCAAAUAUGAACAGAUAGUUCCUGCCUUCUACUACCGACCUACACACAAAGACUGCACACUCCUGCGGGAACAAUGGAUCCGAGCCAAAUACGAGAGGAAGGAGUUCUUGUGUGUAGAGAGGCAGGAGCCCUACUCGGCAGGCUACAGAGAGGGGUUUCUAUGGAAACGAGGCCGAGACAAAGGACAGUACCUCAGCCGAAAAUUUAUUCUGUCCGAACGGGAAGGUGUUUUGAAGUACUUCAACAAGCACGAUGCCAGAGAGCCUAAAACAAUAAUGAAGAUCAAUACUUUGAAUGCCACUUUCCAACCAACAAAAAUCGGUACUGCCCACGGCCUGCAGAUAACCUAUUUGAAGGACAACAGCACUAGGAAUAUCUUUGUUUACCAGGAGGAUGGAAAGGAAAUGGUGGACUGGUUCAACGCCAUCAGAGCAGCCAGGUUUCACUACAUGCAGGUGGCUUUUCCUGGAGCUUCCACCUCUGAAUUGUUGCCAAAGCUAACCAGGAACUACAUAAAGGAGGGUUACAUGGAGAAGACUGGUCCAAAGCACACAGAGGGCUUCAAGAAGAGAUGGUUCACAUUGGAUGACAGGAGGCUCAUGUACUUCAAAGAUCCACUGGAUGCCUAUGCACGAGGCGAGGUGUUCAUUGGUAGCAGGGAAAACAGCUACACCACGCUGCCCGGCCUCCCCCCAAACAUUCAGGGCUACCAUUGGAAGUUUGGAAUUACCAUAGUGACCCCAGACAGGAAGUUUCUACUUAUGUGCGAGACUGAAGAGGAUCAGAAAGAUUGGAUCGCUGCAUUACAGACUGUUAUCAACAGACCAAUGCUGCCCCAGGAGUAUGCAGUGGAGGCCUAUUUUAAGCACAAACCAUGACUGACUUAGUGUUUGAAGACCUGUUGGUGCACAGAGUGGAGCUGGAAGAAGAGAAGAACCUCAGAUAUGUACUUGAUAUCUCAUAAUGGUUAGUCUUUAUAAAGACUUAGGCUGAAUCUCAUUUCUCAUAAGGGUGACAGAGAAAAGGACCUAAAGGUGAGACAUCCCACCGUGACUCCUUUAGUCUACCUGCCAUCUGCUCAACGUUAUGUGCCAGACAUAUUUUUAUGUAGUCCAAAUCACUCCUAAGCUCAUGAAUGUUAGCCUAACUCACUCGUCUGUUACGUGAUAUGACUUACAUACUUAAAAGAGGUCAGUCAUCCUGACCUGAAAGUGCAGAGGUUAUGUUUGUAGGAAUCCAAUAUUAAAAGGUGUUUUCUCCAUUGUCAGUGAAAUAGGAGUAUGAAUGCUUACAUUUUCCAGAUGUUUAAUACAAGUAAAUUAACUUAGCAUUUCAACAAAGCGUACCAACUAAGCCCUUCGGGUCAGUUAUAUGCAUACUAAAACAUUAUCGGGCACAGGCCUUUAAUGUCAGCAGGAAGGAAUAAUAUACAUGGUCUGCGGAUACUCACAUUUAUUUCCAUUAAUAAGUACAAUGGUAUUUAAUUCUCAAUGUAUUUAUUUUUUGAACUGUCUAAUUUGCUGUUAUAUUGCCAAGCACUGCAGUUAUAAUUAUUUUUUUAAUAAUUAUUUUUGCUUUGUUUGUACAAAUUCAAGCAACUGAAUGUAAACCGCUUUGUGUACUGUUUAUUAUCACAUUUAAGAAUUUGCUUGUCGUCAUCUUCCUAAAAUAAUUGCCUAAGUCAUUUUUUAACAAAAAUGAUUUUGUUGCUUAAAUCAUCUCCUCAUGGUGCAGGCCACCUCUGGUAAAAUUGCUUACAUCCUCAGUUGAACAGGUCAUGUGAUUCUACACCUUUAGUAAAAUUGCGUAUGUCAAGCAUGUGACUUAGGCAGUUUUAUUUUUUGUGUUUUCCGAAAAACCUGAAAAAAUGACUUAGGCAAUUAUUUUAGGAAGGUGACGUUGUAUUACUUUGUUUCUCCUUUUUGUAAAACUGUAUAACAAUUGUGAUCCAAUUUAGCAUUUACUUUCCUUAUUAAUCCAAAAGAGGGAGACAGAGGAAAGGUUUUAAACUUACUAUAACUCAUGCACUGAACUCAAUGUGGAGUUGGAUAGGAGAAUCUGUGUAAGUGAAACUGAAUUGCCGUCUAUUAAAAGGGUAAAAGCCACAUUACCUUCUAUUUUAAUUGUAGUUUAUUUUCAAUUACAAGAAAGAAGUUGCACAUUAAAAAUUAGUAAAACCAAAAAUCAAUACAUUACUCUGAACAUCAAGAUUGGAAAAAUGUACAAUACUGUUUCUAUGACUAAGAUGAAAUCUAAUCUAAGCAACAGUCAUAUAAAAAGAGACCCAUGCUUCUUUUAUGAAGAACAGGUUUGAGAAGAAUGGCACUAUAUACCCCAUUUAUAUAUUUGUGAAUGGAAAAUCAGGAAAUAUAGAAGCCCACUAAGGUUUGCACAUCUGACUACAAAUAAAACAUUCAAAAUCAAAAGAAAUAUAAACAUCUGUGUGUCGUAUACAAUACUUUAGGUAACAUUGUCAACAUACUGUGGGUCUUUAUUCCCCCAACAUCCUCCUAAAACCCCACCCAUACUCUUAUUUACCAUCUAAAGUGCUAUUCUCAUUUUUUUCUUAC